CGCAGUCAUCGGGAAGCGGUGAAACUGCAGUUGGACCCGACGCCCCGUGCCAAACUGACGCGGCAAUCAUCAUGUUGCGCCUCACGGGACGGUGAAUUGAAGGCGGACGCGACGGAAACUUGGGCGAGAAGGCAGGAAACUCUUAGAUCCUUCCUGCAUAGCGAUAUUCUAGGUAGUAGAGGAAAGUCCCCUAUUAUGCGAUAGAUUCCUAAUCUGAGAUACGCUGGGCGAAGGCGAGCUGGAGAUAUUUCAGGCGGAGAUCGAAGCGGCGACGGAGAGGAAACUGAGGGAUGAGUUUACAGAGGAAUAUCGUGUGCUCGAAGCUGAAAAGAGAUUCGUCGUUAGACGCAACGCGGAGGAAAUUCACGCCAAGUACGAAGAGUACUUGAAAUCCGCUCAGGAGGAGUUGGAGAAGAAGUUGCGGGUGAACGCAAAACAUAAUUGACUUAAUAAAAGAGAUGAUAAUUUAUGGAAAAUUGUGAUGCGACAGGUCGAAGUUUCGGUCACGGAUGAGAAAUGCGAGAAAGAAUUGCGGAAAGCCGUCGUAAAAGCGGGAACAGAUGCAACCCACGACGUGCUAAGAAAGAUACGGCCUCAAAUAGACUUGGUCGUUACGUCCCUCUACAAUGAGCUCGAACAAACUCAUCGCGCGCAGAGAGAAAAAAUGAUUGUUGAGUUCAAUGAGAUCGUGAGGAAACAGCAGCUCAAACAGGAUGCAAGAAUCCGAGAGAUCGAGAGGGUGAAGAUGGAAGAGUUGCGUGUCCAACGUCACGAAUUCGAGAUACGAAAUGUAGCAAAUAUCAUUUGCAUUGUUUGCAUGGAACGAUUGCGUGGCAGUUUGCAACUGCAGGCGACACACGAACAUUUUCAAGAAAAAAUCAAGUCCUUGCACGAACUUGUUGCUAAGCAAGAAGAAACUGUGAAUGUAAUGGAAGCGAGGAUUACAAAAUAUCGCAAUGAGAAUAAAGCGCUUAAAGAAAAGAUCGAUGCUCUUAGUGAGGAAUUUCAAAAAUUUAUAAAUUUUGCAUUUAACACUUUACCGGAGCACGCCGAUUUUUUAUUGCCAUUAGAUCUGCUUUCUAUAAAUAGCACGAACAAAGAGGACAAGCAAGAAAAGAAGCGACAAAUAAAUUAAGAAAACAAUGUGAAAUUUAUUGCAAUAAAAAAUUAUAUAUAGUAAGAUAAGGGAAGAAUCAAUCAUAAUAAUCAGAAUCAAAAGAUGCCACUCGAAAGUUUUCCCAGUUAUUCUGCAGUAACAAAUACACGUAUAUAAUUUUACACCUUAUAUUUCUAGCGGUGUGGAUUAUAACAAAUAAAAAUAUCACGCUAUUAAUCCACGAGAAAUAAAUCUCUGGUACAUUCUAUGAAUCAGCAUUUUAGACGCGAAUACAUGAAAAGAAAUUAGUUUUCAUUUAUUUACACAUUUUACGUAAGUGCAAGAGAAAAAUUGUAAGUACAAAGAAAUGAUUUCGUGCUCUUGAUGAGAAUAGGAACUACGAGAGUUUGUGUAGAAAAUUUUGCCAGAUUCUAUUGUAGUUAAAAAAAAUUAGUAAGCAAAAAGGCAGUUCGUGUCAAAUAUGAUACGAACUGUUAUAACAGCGUCGACACAAUAUGUUUGUAGAAAUAACAAAAUCUGCUGACAU